AUGUCCUCAAAUCAUUCCCCCUCUCAUCCCGAUCACAUACGCGUGCAUCGCAGCUCCAAACCUUUUGGCAGUGGAGCCUAUUCCCUGAUUGACCUUCCAGCUGGUGCUCUUUUCGUCCCAAUCACAGGGUCUACACCCGGAUCAAAAGCCUACACAACUGUGCAAACUGGAGCUGAUUCUCACAUCGAGCUUCAUUCUGACUUGGUAUAUACCAAUCAUUCUUGCUCGCCAUCGGUGGUCUUUGACAUGGCGCGCAUGGAAGUGCGCGUCGUGAAUGACCGGCCUUUGAAGAUAGACGAUGCCUUGACUUUCUUUUAUCCAAGUACGGAAUGGGAUAUGGACCAGGCAUUUCAAUGUACUUGUGGGGCGAAAACAUGUAGAGGCUUGAUUUCGGGAGCAAAGACGAUGCCUCUAGAGGUAUUGCAAGAUUACUGGUUGAAUCCUCAUAUCAAAAGCUUGCUGGAAGGGUCACAUUGA